CUUUUUAGGAUCCUCUAUUGGAGUGUGAAUACAGAGGAGAAUGUGCUUUUCUGACAGCUGUUGUGGGUAUUUAACCAGCCUUUGAUUUCUGGAAAUGCUACAACAUGACUUCAUCUGGGAAUGGGAUCGAGAGAUGGACUCAGAGGCAGCGUGCCAGAGUUGGAGAGCUGGUAGAGCCUCUGUCCUCUCCUGAAAGCAGCCAUGGCCUUUCACCAGUGAAGUCGGUCAGCAGUGCAGAGCAUCUCCUGCAGCUCCCUGGAAGAGUGGACUCUGCUUACAGCUCUUUCUCAGGGGGAUCAAAUGCUCCAGAGUAUCCCACCCCAUCGUGCUAUGGUGAAAACUGCUGUUGGCCUCUGGAGCAGGCACCUUACAUGGACUCGCAAUAUGUAAGAGGUAUUUACAAUCUCAGUGCAGCAAACUCUGACCACGGGUGCCUGCAUCCCUGCAGAGCACCAGACCCCAGCAGCCAUAACUCGCACAGCACCGGUCUCACUGAGCGCUCUGGAAGCGCUCCCACCCGAGGGACUUCACAUCAGGGACCUUCUCCUCCAGCAGCACCUCCACCUUCUCCUCCCAUGCGACUCGAUAGCUAUAAAGUCACCAGGCACCUGGAACACUCAAGAGGAAGACGCAGCUCUGGAAGUCAUGGUGACUGGAGUGUGCAGCCAGCUCCUUGCAUGCAGGACAGUCAGCUGGUGGAUAGGGACGUACCAUGGGGUCGGCACAGGGAUGAAGUUACGGAGCAAGGUAUAGUGGCUGUUAGGGAAAAGACUCUGGAAAACAAGGGCCUUUCCUCUGAUUCUGCAAAUGAGUUAUCCAUACCACAAAAUCAGGGGUUAAAGAUGGAGGAAAAUGGAGAGUGGGGCCCAUCCCAACAGCCCGUGAGGAGAAGCAAUGCUCACGUCUUCAGCAGGCCUUCUUCAGUCAUUUUUCAGGAAUACUUAAAGACUGACUCUGUGGCCAAUAUCCCCAAAAUACUUUCUGCUUACAAUUCAGUUCAUGCUUAUGAAGAUCCUGAAGAGAAGAGUUCCAAGUCCUGUCACCCGGUGCAUACCCACCCUGACACUGUUAAUGAUACACAGGAAGACAAACAGUGUCCCUGCAGUGUACGUCAGCCGGCUCUCAGAGAUGUGCAGAGCACAGUGACAGAGCCCAGCCAAGGAAGAGGAUCCUUGCCUUGCCCUCGCUGCCCGCUCCAUGCCGAGCUGCGUUCAGAUGUGGAUCAAGGUGGGUUUGAGGACAGUUGUGACUUAAAAUAUAUGGAGAAUGCUUCCAGGAAGCCGAAUGGUUGUACAGGCAAAAAUCAGUGCUGUGCCUCUGAAGGAACGCUUGGAAGUGGUAUCAGGGAACUACUGAAUGAGCCAGCCAAAAUGCAGAGGUCAGCACUGUCCUGCAGUUACGGUCCUGCUGAAGCGCAGCCUCCACGCUGGGAGGAGCGGGAUCAGGGAGAUAGGCGCUGCCAUGGUAAUAAUGGCCAAACGUCUUUGAUCAGACCAAAGGAAGAGCCAACAUCUCAUCUUUCACAUGAAGCCAAGAAAGAAAAAGGGGUCAAUACCAGCAGUCCUGACCUCAGCACACAGCUGGAACGAGAGGAACCUCCUGUUCAGAAAUGCCAGCCUGGAUUUCAGAAGCAGCUCUUGAGGCAGCCUCGGGAUGCUCUUGCUGGGGAACAAAUAACCAGGCAGACAACUCCCAUGCUUUACUAUCUGUCUGGGGGGAAAGCCACCGAUAUCCUGAGCCACAACAAGCUCACCCAGGGUAAAGAGGACUUGAGGACCUCACUGAAGGAAUCCCCAGCAAGCAGCUCCUCAGCACAGUGUCUAGAGCUACAGAGGGAAAGCAGUCGAAGGACCAACCACCAGCAUCAGUGCGGUGAUGACCUGCUUGAGACUGAAGAUCUCAUUGUCAUGGAUGAGAGCUUCAAGAAUGACUACAGAGAGAAACUUAAAGUGGCUCAGAAGAAGGUUCUGAGAGAAACCUCCUUUAAAAGGAAAGACUUGCAGAUGAGUUUGCCAGUUAGACUGAGGCAUAAACCCUCUAAAAGGCCAUCAAUUGAACACCUUAGGUCCUUCUCAUUAUCCGGUUCAAGUGAGGAUGCCAAGCCUGUUCCUUGUUCCCCUUCUCACCUAGAAUCCUUGGAAUGCUUCAGUAGAGAUGAAGAAAUUAAGAAGCCACAAACAGGUCGAAUGGGGGGAAGGAAAAGGGUCACCAAAGAGCAGAAGAACCUGUGUUAUUCUGAACCUGAGAAACUCGAUCAGCUAGCAGAUAAGGAAGUGUUGUGGAGUCAAGUCAGGGAUGAAAUCACUGAGCAAGGUACAGGAGCAGCAGGGAGGAAGACUCUGGAGAACAGAGGGAGGGCACUUUCCAGUUCAGGUAUCUCCAGGACAGAGCUGAAACAGAUCCAGCACACUGCACUUAUCCAGUACAUGGAACGGAAGAUUAACCAGAGACCAGGCAGUGCACAGCACCUCCCACUGCAUAAGCCACCCCUGCAGAAGAGGCUGUCCCAUCCCAAAUGGCCUCCUAGCAAGGCUUCCAAUGCCAGCAGGAGCGGGAAGAUGCAGGAUGAUGAGGUUUUCUGCCAAGUUCUUUCUAAAGAGAAAUCACCGGAUGUCGUUCCUCAUUUGGCUUCUGUUCCCCCACUGAGUACGAGCAGCAGGUACAACCCCAGCUCUGCUGGUACAGAGACCUCAAAGCUUGGCUCAUUGCCCAACAAGGCAGGCAGGGAUUACCCCAGCAAAUGUGCAUUGGCUGAGAGCCUCCUGCAGGAGGGUGAUCCAGCUGGGAGAGCUCAGGAGAGGCCAAAAUCCACUCCUCCUUCCACACAGGGCCCUCAUGGACAAGUGACACCUUCUCGGCGCUGCCAGAGCUCUCUUGGCACCCCCAGAUUCCAUGAUCCUGGGAAAGAUGGAUGUGAGAAUUGUGAACGUAAAGACUAUGACAUAAGUGGAAGUCUGUGCUGUCAGGGUACCAAGGCGCUGACUCCUGAAGCCCCUAUUCCCAUACCAAGGAGCAGAAGCAAGGGAGAUGCUGAAGCAGAGGAGGAAUGCAGAACUGAGUCUCUGAGCAGCAAUGCUUUAGCAAAGUGUCCAGAGCAGCAGCCUGCAGCUUCUCCAGAUCAAGUAAUUUGCUGCCACACAGUGUUAGCUCAGCCCCACCACGGGGACAGGAAUACAGCUAAAGGUUUAAUUGCAAAGGAGACAUCCACGUACAACAGCCAGAGUGAUGCUCACCUCAAGGGAGAGGCAAAAGGGAGGCUGCAGUCUCCUGAAGACCAGCGAUAUGAAGAACUUGCUAUGGAGAUCAUUGCCAAGGACAGUUCUCUGGUGGAUAUUCUCAUGCCUCACCCUGGUAGGAGAACUGCUUUAGACCUGAUGGAGGGUCUGUUUCCUGUUAACAUCCCCAUGCUGGAUAAAUCACACAGGAAAAAGGGAGAUGUACAGCACAUGCAGGAGAAUGAUCCUAAGUGCUUGCCAUGGGUAUUUAUUUUCUGUUCCAAUAGCAGAGAUGCACCAGCAGAAUGUCCUGAACCUGAACACGAUGCCAAGCAGAAGCGUGAAGAUCCUACCUCUGAGGGAAGCCAAGACCUGAAUAGGAGCAGAGGCAGCACAAAUGACCUGGAUGACAUCACGGCUAAGAAACUGGAACUCAUGUCCAGGCUCCGGUCCAAGCUGCAGACCCUGCAUGGGGAGAGGGAGCUCAUCCUCUCCGAAGCCCGGGCGUGCGCCGUGCGAGGCACGGAGCUGGAGGCGCUGGUGCAGGAUGUCUGCAGGCACAAUGAGUUUGAGCGCUACAUGAUGUUCAUCGGCGACCUGGAGAAGGUGGUGAGCCUCCUGCUCUGCUUGUCCAGCCGCCUGGCCCGGGUCCAGAAUGCCAUGAGGAGGAUCGAUGGCAACACGGAUGCUGAGGAGAAGCAAUCGCUCCAUGAACGGCACAAGCUCUUGUCUAGACAGCGGGAAGAUGCAAAAGACCUGAAGGAGAACCUGGAUCGCAGGGAGAGGGUGGUCUCUGGCAUCCUUGCCAAGUACCUGAGUGCCCAGCAGCUCCAGGACUACCGGUGCUUUGUUCAGGACAAGACCUCUUUGCUCAUUGAGCAGAAGGACCUUGAAGAGCAGAUUAAGUUUUUUGAAGAGCAAUUAGAAAGUCUUGAGAGAAGCAUCCGACUGUAGCACCCACCGGCAGCCCACCCGCUGCAACACCCUCAUUUGGGACCUAUCCCUGGAAUUCCACAGGCUGGGUUUGGUGGAUUCUUGCUAUCCUGGUAGUGCCAUGGUGUUGACAAGUGCUUAGAUGCUGCAGGGAUGCUCUGGGCACGCACUGGAUGUGCCUUCCCCUUGGGCAGGCCAACUGCCAGCAGUGUACAGCACGUCGCAUUGGAAAUGACUGAUAGGAUGUUUGCUCCUAUUCACUUGGCGUGUGUUUCCCCUUCUUGUUGUCUGUCCAUCUGCUUCCAGAUUGACAUAAUCUCAAUAAAAGAAUGGUACAAAUAUU